GCAAAAUAAAUCUAGAUUUUAUUGUUUCGGUCGGCAAUAUGUAAGCCAUUCGAUCAGUCGUAAAAAAACCAUUGAAACAGUCAGUACAACUAUCAUUGCAAAUAUUUAAACAAAAAUGAAAUAUAUAUAUAUCUUACUCUUCUGUGCUAUUUCAAAUGUUUUGGCAAAUCAUUCUUAUGAUAGUACAGGCUGGAGAAGGACGCUUCAUGCUACAAACCUACUCAUUGAAAUACAUGAUGAAAAAGGGACCCUUUGGAAUAAAAUAAAAGAAAUUGUUGCACUUAAUCUUCCCAUGAAGUCAUUAUCUCAUAUGUGUGCAGUAUCUGACAAUCCAAUGGAUGACUUAACAUUACACCAGAUGAUAUUGGAGAACCAACUGCGAAAAAUAGUACACAAAGGCUCAGACAAAACUUAUAUUGACGUUGCAUUUCUUGGUAAUCAUGACUUGACUGUUUUUGAUCGUGGAGUUGAUCGAAGAAUGUUGUUUAAAAAAACUUUAUCAAAGUUAUUGACCGAUAUUGAUGAAAAACCAAGGGACCACAACAUGAAUUUUGAACACGUAUGUCAAAUGUUGGGUUUGUUCACGAGUACAAAAUUCCCAGUAGAGUACAUAACACAGGCUGAUGUUGUACACGGUGUUUGUGUCUUACGUCACGGACUGACAGUCAAACAGUCUUUCAAAAUCUUUGAGAGCCAUAUACAUUUUGUAAACAACGAAAACGACAAAGGGGAACGCAUAAGUACAUAUUUAAAUGAGGGAAUUGACUGGCGUUUAUAGUUUAACAUAACCUAUUCUCUCAGGCAUGGCUUAUUCUAAGGAUUUUUUUCAACUGCGCAUGUUAUUAUGGAACCGAACCUGCAUCACCCUAACCUAACUUGGCUUAAUAAGAGCGUUUGCACUAAAUAAUUUAAAUUUUAACUUCUAAUUAUAGUAUAGUUUAUGUUUCACUUGUAUCUAAUUCUGCCUACUAAUAUAAAUAACAAUAAUAAAUAAUAUAAACAUAGGAUUAAAAAUGUCCUUUUUUAUUAAAAUUUUACUUUUUUCUUGUUUAAAAUAAUAUUUUUUUUUGUAUUUAACACAC